GGCCUUGGGCGCCCUGCUUCCGCGGAAAGACGUACGCCACCGCAGAAGUACCACAGUCAUCCAGGCAGCUCGGGAGUGGUGGACAUCAUUUCAUCAGGCAUUAUUACCAUUGUCGUUAUUGGAUCAANCCUCAAAAGCCCGUGAUAUUUUUCAAGAAUCCUCUCCAUCAAAAGCAAUAAACAUGAUGUAUGCUGUCUUCCUUCUGGCGGUCGUGCCUGCUGUGUUGGGUUUUAGCAGCGGGCCGCCGGUGGGGUCGUCUAAUCCUAAUCUUUGCACCGACAUGAUACCGACCGGUCACAACAGCGGGACUAGUCUGGCCAGUGACACAGCCAACCCGCCUUACACCAUCACCGCGUCGGGAGACGAGUACACGAGGGGCGGCUCCUUGACAGUUACCAUCACUGGAACAGGUGGCAAUGACUUCAAGGGUUUUUUCAUCCAAGCACGCCGCGCAGAUCCCACCCGGAACAACGACGUUGCCAUAGGAACGUUCUCCAGUCCGCCUGUUACUACGCAGCUUCAGACGUGCCACGAUGUGGAAAAUUCUGCCUGGGGACAUUCCAGCAGUGUGAAUAGAUCCUCGAUUGCAGCGACAUGGACUGCUCCUGCGCAAGACGAAGGCCCCAUCAAGUUCAAGGCCACCAUUGUGAAAGGGGUACCAAACCGGGACUACUUUUACCUAGGCGUCAUGUCUAACCAAAUCAGCUUCAACGCCACUGGAGGGGCACCAACUCAACCACCGGUUACCCCGACGUCGGGCGGACCCAGCCACUCUGUGUCCGUCACCCUGGCUCUCGUGGCUGCUCUGCUAGCCUCGUUUCUCAGCGUUCACAAGUACUAAAUCCAGCGAAG